AAAUAAUAAUUAUUAAAAACAAUGAACACUUCACUGUCAACUUGUGGGGAAACGGAAGUUCCGCCGAAAAGCAUUAUGGUGCUUGUAGUUCAGUGUACACUGCUACAACGUGUACAAGUCAAACACCCGCUACCCGGUUAUGGCAUUUAGUUUUAAUUUCGAUAUUUCAUCGCAGUUCAAACAGAACUAUAACAAUGACACUCUAAAUGAGAAAGAAGAAAAAACAAAUCAAGAUACUGUGAAGAACCAAAGCCAGGUUAAGGAGACCAGUGCACCUAAGAAGGUGAAGGAAGCCCAUGAGCAUAAACAUGCACCAGAUCUUCUCUCCCACAUUGAGAACUCAGUCACUGAGACAGUCACUGUAGGUGCAUUACCACCUCUUCUUUACCUCAAUGAAUCUGUAUUUGAGCAAACUGCCCCAGAGCGAGACGAUGCUGAGAAGGUCCUAUCUCAAACCAUCACCCAAAACUCUGACCUUAUAACCGGAGUGUAUGAAGGAGGUCUUAAAAUCUGGGAAGGCACCCACGAUCUGCUGGAGUAUGUUGAUGAUGAAGGGGAGACGUUCUCUGGAAAAAGGGUGCUGGACCUGGGCUGUGGUGCUGGGCUUCUCGGCAUUCUUGCAUUGAAGAGAGGCGCGAGCAAAGUCCACUUCCAGGAUUAUAACAGCACUGUGAUCGAGCAGCUCACAAUUCCAAAUGUGUUCCUCAACUGUGAGGAAGAAGGUGAUGAUGAGAAGGGAGGAGAUGAUGAUGGCAGUCCGGCACCUAAACAAAGAUCCAUGGAGAAAAAUCACGCGCUCACAGAGCGGUGCAGCUUUUUCUCAGGGGAUUGGGUUUCAUUUCUCUCACUGAUUCAAAGUCAAGAUCCCACACUCAAAUAUGAUCUCAUCUUCACAUCAGAAACGAUCUACAACACAGAUUACUACCCUUCUCUUCAUGACGUGUUUCAUAAACUGCUCGCUGAGCAUGGACUUGUCUAUUUGGCAACCAAGUCUCACUAUUUUGGAGUUGGAGGUGGACUGUAUUUGUUUGAGCGUUUUGUGGAAGAAAAAAAUGUCUUCCAAAUCAAAUCUCUAAGGGAACUGGAUCAGGGGCUUAAAAGGCAUAUUGUUUCUUUAAGGUUCAAGAAAUCACCCUCAUAAUACUUUCUGUCCUUGUAUGAUCACAGUGAUAUGAAUGAUAUGAAUGAUGAGAGGCUGUCAGUCAUUAUUACAUCCUUUAAUAUUCAAGGAAAAUCCUCCCUUAAACCUAUUAAAUAUGUUCAUAUUGAAA